AUGUCCGCAGCAGCAGCAAAAGAAAUCAAGCUUUGCUGCUGCGGCCAGAAGACACUGAUUUGCUGCUACCAGGGGCCCCUGGGGGCAGCAGCAGGACGUGCAUGCGCUGCUGGGUGGCUGUGGGGCCCCUGUACUGCAGCAGCUGCAGCAAAUACUUGUGUGGGCCUUGUGCUGCUGCGCUGCACUGCGGGGAAAGUGUGGGGCCCCACAAAGUGGGGACAGCAGCAAGAGCCCUUGAGGUGGACGUACACCUCAGCACUCCCCUCAGGAAGCAGCAGCAGCAAGACAGCUUCGCCCUCGACGUCAAAGUCCCCGCUGCAAGGGGAAUCCACUGCCAGCGCCACGAAAAUGAGCCCGCCAAAUACGCUUGCGUGGACUGCGG